AGAGAGAGAUUUGUUCCCACAAUGGCGACUGUAGGUAUGCUAAAUACCUCUGGUUCCUUAUCCGGGAACUACCUCUUACUCUGCUAUUGGGCCAUUGGGUCACGUGGUAAAAGUAACUUUACAGGGCUGCUCGCAAGUAGGAGGGCUUUAUGGAGCAGAAAAACGACAAAGCUAGAAAAAUUAUUUUCCACUCCAGAAAUUAAUGAUCAUGAGCUCGUAUUUGAUGGAGUCUAACUACAUUGAUCCGAAAUUUCCUCCAUGCGAGGAAUAUUCGCAAAAUAACUACAUCCCUGAGCAUAGUCCAGAAUAUUACAGCCGCGCAAGGGAGACUGGCUUCCAGCAUCACCAUCAGGAGUUAUAUCCUCCGCGGGCGAGCUACCAAGAGCGCCAGUAUAACUGUGCAAGCAUCCCUGAACCUGACACGCCAAGGGGACAUGGAGUACCCCAUUCUGCGCACCUGGCGGUAGGGAAAGGGCAACCUGCUUCAUGUGAUACCCCACAGUUGUCCAUGUCCCCCGCCACCCCACCGGCCGCAGCCUCCGUCUGCAACCAAGCUACCCCGGAGCAUCCAAACAGCACAGCCUCCUCCAAGCAGCCCGUGGUGUACCCAUGGAUGAAGAAAAUUCACGUCAGCACUGCGAACUCGGGUUACAAUGGGACGGAGACCAAGCGGUCUAGGACAGCAUACACCCGGCAGCAAGUCUUAGAAUUGGAGAAGGAAUUCCACUAUAACCGAUAUUUAACUCGGCGGAGGCGCAUCGAGAUCGCCCACACCCUGGUUCUCUCCGAGCGACAGAUUAAAAUCUGGUUUCAAAACCGCAGGAUGAAAUGGAAAAAGGACCACAGGCUCCCGAACACCAAAGUGAGAUCCUCUUCCUCCUCCUCCGGGUCCAACACAAGCUCAGCAGCCGGCGCUGUUGGCGCUGUUGCCGCUACCUCGGCCACUAACAUUGUGGCCCCCGACGAACUCUCCGGAGCACAGCAGGGCGAGGAUAUUACCAGGUUAUAAAACCACGAGCCAAGAUCGGGGGUAGAAAAAGAACUGGUUAUUUAUAGAACAAUUAUAUAUUUUGUUUUCGUAGCUAUCUUGUGCGGUUUCCUUUAAGUCCACAGUUAUAUAAAAUGCAUGUUAUAUAGCAUGGAUUACUGCGAAUACCGAUGAAUUAUUUUUACGUGACACAGGGUUUAAUUUAUUUGAAGCUCAAUUAAAAUAAUGUUUUUUAUUAAAAAAUGUUUUGAAUGAAGGAAAAAAAAGGAGAAAAAAUAUACAUUUUAUCAAAAUGUUAUUGUGGGCCAUUCUUUUGCCCUGCUGCCCAAGGUGAAAUGCACAAUCUAUUUAUUUCAAAUAACACUGGAAGGAAAUCAAUAUAAUAAUAGUUAUUUUUGGUAUAAAAAAGCUGGAACACACCAUUGAUCUUGAACUUGUAUGUUUUGGGUAAUAACAAUGUGUGAAUUACCUCGUGUAUUUCAGACACAGGAAUUUGAUUUACAAUUUAGUUUUGUGGUGUUGAUGUUGUGUUUAGACCGUUAAAAAGCAGAUUAUUGUGAAAUGCAAUAAACGGAGUGUAGUGUACUUGUGCUAAUCAUAUUGGUCAAUAAAACAGUGAGUGUCUACUAGUUUUAAAUACGUUUGGUCGAACUUCAUUUUAGGCAAGAUGAGGUCUGCUAUUAUUUUGGAGUUUGUUUGUUUGUUUGAGAAAUCACCCUAACAAGUGUACAGAUGUGUGAAUACUUGAACAUUUCAUAAGGGAAACAAGAAUCACUGUGUUUUCAAACUGUGUUUGUAAAUCCUACAGAUCAUUCUUGCGUCUUCAAAUUAGCAAUGUGUACAGACAGUGUGUGUGUGUGUGUGUGUGUGUG